AUGGCGGACGAAUCAGGGAAGGACGGAUCCUCAUCCAAUGCAACGCGAACACGAAAACUUCGUCCCGAAAUUCAAAUAUAUCGACCAGGUAUGAUGCGAAAAGGAACGGAUGUCACAGCAAGUGGCCCUCCACCGAACGAUUGUAAACCUCCUAGCGAACCGCCGAGGCAAAAGCGUCCUUCCCGAAUUUCUCUAGAAAAUAGUCGCGGAGGAGCAAGGGCAUACGAAACUACUAGCAGAAGACGUAGUAACGAUACGGAAUCUGUUCAUUCUUAUUGUGGUGAUUCCGGGAGCACAACACCCGAUGCGGCGUCGAUGUGCAGUGAUCGACGAGAUAGUUUCGGAAGAGGAUCUGGAAUGCGAACUUAUUCGCGAGGCGGAGGUUAUUCUAAUAACAAGCAAAUUUACAACUCUAACCAUCACGAAUUCACAAGUUCACCAUCAAGCAGUAAAAGAGGCGCCCGCGAUGGCGGAGGUCGACCAAACUACCGCAUGUCACCGGGACAGGGAAAUCGUGACGGAGUCAACGAUAGAGUACCUAGUCCGAGAUAUUCAUAUAAUUCCACCCAGUCGCUAUACGAUCCACAGCAACCUGAAGGCUAUCUUGGUUAUCGACAGAACUUUUCGAGUCGAGGUCGUGGUGGCAAAGCCGACAUCGGUAGAGCACCAUCACCUGUUCGAUUUAAGCGCACGGCUCAAAUCCAAAAAAACGAGCGAGCGUCGAUGCGAGCAGAAGGGGGACAGCGGCGGAAUGUUGGUAAUCGACGAAGAAACGAUUCUAUCACCAGCACACAAAGCGAAUGUCUUCCUCCGCCAUCGGAUCGACUGAAUGUGGAUACGUCUACGGAGACACGAAGUGUUGCCGGUGAUGCACCGCAAUCUCCAUCGAUGUCGUACAUGCAAUUAUGCCAGUCCUUCGAAUCGAUUGGUUCAUUUGAUUGGAGUCGAGAGGUCGAAUCUGAAUAUAACGCAAAGCAUGGUGAAGACAAAGACGAGCAUUCUAUGAAUCAUCAAGACAGGCAAGUUUUUGAGAACACCAUUAAAAGCAUUUUUGUGACGAACAUCGUGUGUGUAGCCAGUAUUUAUAUCAGUAUUUUCAGAGGAGAUUCCCAAGAUCUUCACAAUGGCUCACCACAAAAGGAAUUCACCUAUGGAGAUGGACCACAUUCGAACUACUCUAUGCGUGAUAGCGAUCGAUCAUCGUUACGUGGUAGCAUAGUGGAGGAGGAGUUCGAUGAGUCUUGUGAGCCUUCAAGCGGAGAAUGCACACCAACGGAGGAGAGCGGAGACGAGAAGCACUGGAAUAAUCGAAGGGCGCCACCAAUGACUAAAUUACGAAGUGAUGGGUACAGUGGCGGCGAUGACAUUCACAAGGAGAACAGGGGUGGUCGUCUAUUCGGACGUGUCACUGUUGACAGAUCAAGAAGAGAACCCAACUCUUCGGAAGCAAAACCUUUGGCGGCGCGCUCCGCUAGAAUCCUCAUGCGAAAUGAGCCAAGGACGUAUAAGCCUCCAGCGAUGCGGAUGGCAGAGAGGAACGAUACAGCUGCGCCGAGUGGUGUUGUUCGAAACAGCGAGGAAAUGCCUGCCGCAUCAGCUUCACCAUCGAAUCAACCUCGACAGAUGACUGACUAUCCGGUUUACCGCGAAAUUGCCAAAAAUCAGGGACCCAAAAUGCAGAAGAUCAACGACUCCAUUACAUCUUUAUUAACGAAGGUGCAACAAAGAGACGUGGCAGCCGCCGAAAAAAUUGUGCAGCUGAGCGGCGAUUUAUGUGAGAUCUACUACGAUGUGAUGCUACGAGACAUCUUUUUCACGUUCUCGAUGAAUCUUGAACAACAUCUAUGGAAACAGGCGUUUUACAAGCCAAUCGAAGUAUUCAAGACGAUGGCCAAUUCGCCGAAAGACAGCUCCCGAACGUUUCGUGCUCAGUUACUAGUAUUGAUCAAUAAGGGUAUCGUUUUCUAUGAGCGCCUCAUUGCCCUAUAUGAGAAAGAGCUUGAUGUGGACGUACAAAAAGCCGCACUAUUCCAAUUUGAUCGUGAUGAAAACUUCUGGGACGUAUGCUUGUCACCGAACACGCCCGACGCCGAGUCGAGUAGGCGGAAGAUAGCCCUUAAAUCCUGCUCGCGACAUCUGAUCUCGCUUGGUGAUCUGAAACGUUAUCGGACUCUUGUUGAAGGCAGCGAAGAUUACAGCGGGUCGAGAACGCUUUACUUGCGUUCUGCUCAACUAUGGCCGGCAUCAGGUCAUUGCUACAAUCAACUGGCAGUGGUAGCAUAUUUUUCGGUUGACAAAUACGAACCUCUUCUUGACAUCGAGUGUGGCGAAGUUAGAGAAGAUGCAGAACUUGCCGCUAGUGCGGAUCGACCUUACGAAAUAUGGCUGGACACGGAAGGCACGAACAUUGAAGCCGACAACGACGUUAACGUUUUCCGGUCAUUUCUUGAUCAACAACCAAGCAAGUUACAUCGGCGAGCUAUUUCAUAUGUGAUCAACACUGUUGGCUUACUGAUCACGAAAAUCGGAAUGGAGACAUUUCCAAGUGUUUCGGACCGAGCUAUCGCACAAUUGGCUGCUUUGGUGGAGCAGGAAGACUCGCCGGUUACAGCUCAACAACUUGUUCAAAUCGCGGCUUUGUUCAUCUAUGCAGUACACUGUAAUGGAAUUGCUGGAGAUGAGGACGUGUGCAGCGUUCAGCAACAACAAGCAGUGCGUGCUCUUGUCAGUGUGUUUGGUGUAUUUUUACGGCCAAUAGCUUUGCGAAUUGGUGAAGUUCAUUCGUGGACUAAGGGCUCAUCAGAGGUGCCAAAAGUGGUGACGCGUGUCUUGCCAGCUGUUUGUGUGCUUUGCGAAUGGUUCUCAUGCCCAUUGGCGUCGGCAAUCUAUCGGACCAUGCCAUCAGUUGAGCCGUUGCCGACGUCCAUAGUCGACAUCGAUACCUGGCACCUACUUGCAAACAUCGCCAAUGAACUGGCUCGGUUGCAGGACGGCGGCGAAAUGGUGAAGAUAGAAACCAGCGCAGCUUCCGCCAAAACUUGCAUUCUGCCUGAAUUGGCGUAUUUGUCGUCGUUCUCGAAUGUGUUCCCGUCAUUUCCUCGUGUACUCCGCUUUGUCGAUGCAACCACCGAGACCCCAGAUACGCGGAAUGACCAAUUUUUCAGUUGA